AUGGCUGGAUCACGGCUGCUCUGGCGCAGGAGCCGUCCCGUGGCCACAAUGCCUAUUGUGCUCGAUGAUCAAUGCAUAGUCGACAACCUCACUGAAAGUAAUCAGAGAAGCAUCUGGGCUAGCAGAAGGAUUGGAGAGGACGAACAACUCUACUUAGUCCACAUUCACGGCACUGCUGGCAUUGGUCACCCAACCAUGCUGGUCGUCAAGAAGUUCCAGAACUCAGACGGGAUAGUGGACGGUAAUCUAGAGAACCGCUGCAAGUCGGAGAUGUUCCUGUUAGCCAGCAUCCGUCACGACAACAUCGUCAACGUCCUACACUUCAUCCAGAGGGAGAAUGCCAUCAUGCUCGUUUACACGUAUCAGGUGAACGGCAGUCUUGACAAGUGGCUGCACCGGCGGGAGGAGGGUGAACGGCCGCUGAGCUGGCCGCAGAGGAAGGCCAUCGCCAUUGGCGUGGCCCAAGGGCUCUUCCACUUACACCAUGAAUGCAAUAGACCGAUUGUCCACCACAACAUCACCUCUCUCAACAUCCUGCUUGAUCAUAAUUUCAAGGCCGCGAUAGCCAGUUUUGGUGCUGCACAAAUGAACAUGGCCGGGCUCAACCAACCACUGCCGAUUGCGGGAUCUGUGUUUGGUAACUUUGGGUAUGCAGCUCCAGAAUAUGGGAGGGCGGCAAGCCAGCUGACGGAGAAGGUGGACACGUACAGCUUUGGUGUGGUGCUGCUGGAGCUCGUCACACGGCGGGUGGCCAAUGGGGUGGAUGGUCAGUUGGCCAUAUGGGCUCGUGACAACUGCAGUAAGCUGAUGGCCAAGAAGCUGGAAUGGUUCAAGAUUUCUGUGGACAAGGACAUCCCAAAUCAAGCACGGUACAUGGAGGAGAUGGCGACCGUGUUCAGGCUGGGCGUGGAUUGCACCGUCGAUGAUCCGCAGCAAAGGCCGUCCAUGCAUAUGGCUCUCAAACGACUCCGCCACGGCUGUGGAUGUGGCCGAUUCGGUGGCCUUAUCACCUGCUAUAACAUAUACAUAACCAGUGAGGAUUCAGUACAAGUGAAGGGCAAAGUGGCAUGUGAGAUCAGCUCAGCGGAUGAACUAUGUUCAGUGGUACUUUGA